CCCCGCCCCGCGCGGGCGGUGUCCCGGAGCCCGUCCCCCGCCGGCGGGGUGCAUGACCGCGGCCGAGCGGGGAGAGGGCGGCGGGGCUGGCGGCGGCAGCCGGAGCGGAGCGACGCCGGGCUACUCGUGAAAGAUGGUGGAUCGCUUGGCAAACAGCGAGGCAAAUACUAGAAGGAUCAGUAUCGUGGAAAACUGCUUUGGAGCAGCCGGUCAGCCCCUGACUAUUCCCGGCCGUGUUCUGAUCGGAGAGGGAGUACUGACAAAGCUGUGUAGGAAGAAGCCCAAAGCGAGGCAGUUCUUCCUCUUCAAUGACAUUCUUGUCUACGGUAACAUCGUCAUCCAGAAGAAGAAAUACAACAAACAGCACAUAAUCCCCCUGGAAAACGUCACUAUCGAUUCCAUCCAGGAUGAGGGAGACUUACGGAACGGGUGGCUGAUCAAGACGCCCACCAAGUCGUUCGCAGUGUACGCUGCCACCGCUACGGAGAAGUCCGAGUGGAUGAACCACAUCAACAAGUGCGUUUCUGAUUUGCUUUCCAAAAGUGGGAAGACUCCCAGCAAUGACCACGCAGCUGUCUGGGUGCCGGACUCGGAGGCCACGGUGUGCAUGCGCUGCCAGAAAGCCAAAUUCACCCCCGUCAACCGGCGUCACCACUGCCGCAAGUGCGGCUUUGUUGUCUGCGGGCCCUGCUCGGAAAAGAGGUUUCUCCUCCCCAGCCAGUCUUCCAAACCUGUGCGAAUCUGCGACUUCUGCUACGAUCUCCUUUCCAGCGGGGAGAUGACUGCUUGUCAGUCCACUAGGUCAGACUCCUACAGCCAGUCGCCUAAAUCGUCUUUAAAUGACGUAUCCGACGAUGACGACGAUGAGGACAGUAGCGAUUAAGGACCAAACGUUUUUCUUCCAUGUGUUGCAAUUUGUGUCUCGAACCAUAUGGAGCUGCUUUUGGGGAAGUCUGUAGUGAGGUUCCUCAGAAAAAUCCUGUUCUUAGCCAUAAAAUAUGCCUGAAUAUCUUCGAUUGCCAUGUGCCUCAAUCUAUGAAUUCUCUAGACAAUAGUUUGUUUUUUUCCACUCCUCUGCAGGGAUAGACUGUUGCAAAUGUUAUCAGAAUAUUUUCCAACUUCUUAUACUUGAGUUGUGUCUAGUUUAGACUUCUGUGGAAGAUUGGAGAAUAAAAUGUACUUUCUUAAUUUAACAGCCCAUACUUCCCAAUGCUUCAUGUUGGUAUGUUAUGUGGGUUUUUUCGCAUAUGGAGAGGAAAACUGUAAACACGCACGGAACAGUGAUGUUUUUGGCUGAUCCCUGAGACCAUCUUGUUUUUCUAACCAUGGUAUAAAAUAAGUUGAAAUGUGACAUAACUUACAAACUUAAAUGUCACAAACCUUAGAACUCGUCUCGUUUUGCUCUUAUUUAUGACUUCCUAUGCCAAGCAGUGCCUUGUACCGAUUGUGCUGAUUCAGGAAAAAACAAACCUAUUCUGUGUCGUCCGUGUUUGCCUGAUGCUGGUAUCUGAGAGAUUGUUGGUGCUAUUGAAAAUAACGGCUGUGUUCAAAGUGGAGCUUUGACAAGGUCAUAACUGUACCCGGCGGUGGGUGACGGGGACCCAAACCUCACAUCCCCACCUGUGCAGGCAGACCCCAAGACUCCCCAGAUUCCCCCGGGCUUGAGUGGGGUUCCUCUGGCAGGAGUCACUUUGCGGGUCGGGAUCUUGAGAUGAGAAGCUCAGGGUGACUCUUCACAGGGAUUUUUAUGUUUUCUUUUCAGAACAGUUUCUUAAGUUUCAAAUUUGGCAAAUGCAUAUGGAAAUUUUAGUUGGGUGAUAGAGCAUUUGGAUGUGAUGGCCUAUGUAUUUUUUUGAAAUAAUUCCCCCAAAUGACACUAAAUUGUUUCUUAAAACAUGGGUGAGAAGGUUGGUUGUUUUUUUUUUUUCCCCCAGAGUUUUAUUGUCUUGUUUAAAAAUAACCUCCUAUUCUGAACAAAAAAGCCUGCAACUAUCCUUAUAAAAUUGGCUUUCCUUUUUACACAGCUGACCUCAGGAUAAAUGUGAGAUGCAAGUUAUUUCUUUCUAAAUGUAUACCCAGGACCAAGAAAGAUGUAUUUAAGAACUGUAAUGAAAUCGUCAGUGCAGAAAAUGUCUCUAUCAUAGUAUUCAUUUUUACUUUUAAUAAGUUCUUGAAUACAGAAAUGUCAUAUUCCUAUCUAAAUGUAAGAGUUAGACUUGCAAAGAUGUGUUAAACCCCCAAAUGCUAUGUUUCUAUAUUUUUAUAAUGGUAGCGUUGAUUUUGAAGCAGAAAAACCUCUUUGAAAUAGUUGUAUGAAUAUAGUAGCAACUGACUUUAUACAAAAAAAAAAAAAGUUAAACUUUUGUAUCUCUUUAAGUGACAAUUUCUGCACUGUUUGCCUUGGUUGGCAAUAAUUGGGUUAAAUAUUUAUUGAAUAAACAAUCAAUGCUGCA